AUGAUGGAAACAGUACAAUACGCCGCCAUGGAGCGGCCAUAUCAAGAAAUGAAAGAGAAGGGUCGGGCGCGGGAUAUGUUUUUCGCCGCAUCCAGGGUCAAGGACCGGCCGUUUUCUGUAUACACCGAGUUCAUGGAGUCGGAUACCGAGAUUGAGCACGGGGAUGAUCAUGAGGACGACUCGGACGUCUACAGCGAAUUUGGGGAUCUGGAGGGGAUCGAGGAUGGCGAGUGCUCUCCCCGCGUCAGUAUUGGCUCGUCCGGACAACCGAGCUUCACGACACUGUCAACGUACGACGAAGCUCAAACACCGAGCUCACUGCGACAGCGCCCGUUCUUAUUCGACAAUGACAAGCAGCAAGUCGAGGGACCUAGGGGGCCUCACCUGUUUCGCAGCUCCUUGUCGUCGGCGCAUUCGAUUGAGCUUCAGCAUGCGCUCUCUCUCUCUCCCAUCACGCCAAAGGAACCGCACAUGAUGGAUUUCCACCUCGACAAUGUCCAUCGUACAUCCCUCCCCAAGAAGCGACGCGAUACUGGUCCCUUCCAGUUUACUGACGUAGAACUCGAUACCUCGACCCUGCCUGAGUGGACUCCAGAGAUGGUUGCCCAGCGGAUGCUCAACGCUGGCGUUGAGCUGAGCGCGUCGGAGCGCUUUGUUGAGAACGAUAUCAACGGCGCCAUCCUGAUCACUCUGAAAUUUGAGGACCUGAAGGAGCUCGGCAUUUCUUCGUUUGGAGUGAGGACACAGAUCUGGGAAGAGAUUCACAGAAUGAGGGAUCUUAAGAAGCCGGAGCCCAUGCCCGAGACACCCAUCGAAGACGAACCGGAUAAGAAGGUGAAGAAGGAGUUACGGAGGCAGGGGAGCAGCACCGGCAGCCGGAGACAGAAGCCGCGGGCAAAGAUAAACGAUAUCGUCUCACCACUCGAGUCGGUGUCUAUUGUGGGCAUCGAGCAGGUCCUCCCGAAGCCUCACAACUGCUCCAAGGGCGAGAACUGCGCCAAGUUCAAGCGGUACCAGCGGUUAAUGGAGACGUUCAAGAAAGAGCACCCCUUUAUCAGCGGGGAUAGGGGUAUCAUCAUGAUCGCGGGCGACCCUGGAAAUCCGGAGACUGCCGAGGCGAUAGUGCCCAGCGACGACUCCUUCCGCCCCGUCUCAGACGCAGUCCCAUCCGUGGUUGCGUCUUCGGAUAUCAUGGGCCCGGGAGCCCUGCCACCGCUCCAGUAUCUUCAAGAAGCGGCGUUGCGCAACAUCCAGGCGCGAGACCCGCAGGAGAACGUCAAGCAGUUCCUGGAUUUUCAGCGACCGCACCUGAAUGCCUCCAGCGAGGUUCCUCCCACGCCGCCUUUCGAGAUCGUCCCACAGGGAAACCAGAAGACGCCACACGCAGGGCUCAAAAGCCUUCCGAAGCUCGCUAUCCCGUCCCAGCCGGUGGUUGCUCCGCCAAGGCGGGAGCCACAGUCGGCGCAAGCACGGUCUGCCCGCCCUUCAUCACAGAUUAUCCCGUCGUUUCGGGAGUUGAGUCCUUCGUCCGAUGAGGGCACUCCUACCCCGACGGCUCCGUAUCGGUUCGGCACCCCGUUCUCCAUGAUGGAUGUUCCUGUUACCGUGACGGACGUGACGCAGCUCCCGCCGGUUUCUCGGGACUUCUCUCAGUCAGUCCCGCCAGACAUGAACUACCGCCAUAAUCCUGCUCCUCCUCGGUCCAUGUCUCGCAACACCAUCCGCCGCCCAUCUUUCCCAGUCCUGCCCGCUCUGGAUGAGAACUCGACCCUUACGCCCAUAACCCAAGGCCCCAGCCGGUCCUUCUCUCAACGGGUCGGCCCGCGGCCCCUCCAGCCACCACCGCGCGUACAAUACCCCUGGACACAGACCGAGCGCCCAACCAUGGAGAAGGCGAUUCCGCCAGUCCCAGGUUCGGCACCCAUAACCUUCACCACUGCCGCCACCACCACCGGCCCCAGCAGUACCACCAGCUCGGGCUCCGUCCGGACAGUCAACAUCAACGGCCGCCUCUCGCCCAUCUCGGACAAGCCGCAGGUCGACAUGACGGGGGGCGGGGCUAUCUCGUACCAGGGCCUGAUGCGCAAGCGCAAGACAAAGAUGCUGCGGCACGAGUGGCACGAGCACUUCUUCACGCUACGCGGCACCCGCCUGACCAUGCACAAGGACGCGGCGACGGCCAACAACAAGACGCUCGAGUACAUCGACAUUGACGACUACGCCAUCGCCUGCAGCGGCAUGGCGAGCGGCUCCAAGCUCAACGCUGCCUUCAAGGCCAUGCACAUCCGCCGCGGCAGCGGCGAUGACGCCAAGGCCAAGGGCGGGGAUGUGGCGGCCUUCAGCUUCCAGCUGAUUCCGCAGGACGCCAAGGGAGGCGUCAAGUUAAGGAAGAGGGAGAGCGGUGUGCCGGGCGCUGCGGGGGCGAAGGACGGUGCUGCCGGGCUGUUUGCGCCGCCGCCGAUCGAGGGCGCCGUCAAUGGCACCGGCAAAGCUCAUCAUUUCGCUGUCAAGAGCAGGGAUGAGAGGAUUGACUGGAUGCGGGAGCUGAUGCUGGCUAAGGCGAAGAAGCAGAAGGGGGAGGGAUUUGAGGUGAGUGUGAAUGGGAAUAUGAUUUAG